CAUGAGAAAUUGACGCUCCCCACUACACGUGAGAAUACGACGAAUCGCGUGUUAAAAACAAUUCUAUUUAUACUAUAGAAAUGAUCAGUUGAAUAGAAAUGGAGAUAAAAUAGAAAUAGCUGUUAUCCUGAUAAAAAACUUCUACAUUUCUUAUUGCUUCGUCGACUAGCAGAUGGGAAGGACGUGACGUUAUAGUGGAGCGCUGAACCGCCGAAGUCAACGCUUUAUACACUUUUCACUGACCUAGUGGUGUUCUAUUUUCAAUUCUGAUUGCAACUGUGAUUUUGUUUAUGUCAUACGGCUGCGUUCGGAGUGGAAAUUAAAUAUAUCAGAGUAUAUAACAUUCAAAUCGAUACAAGGAUACACAAAAAAUAAGUAGAACAGAGAGCCGCACCUAAUAGUUAUCAACCGUGAGAAAGGUCUGCUACAUCAGUGCAAGCCAACGAUGUCACGAGUAUAAACAGGCUAUUAUUAAGGAAAAUUGCCCAAGCAUGGAAAAUCUUAACGGAUAUAGUACCAAGAAAACGCCAGUGCAACAAUUUUACACGGGACAAUCGAUUUUCAUCACAGGAGGAUCCGGUUUCCUUGGAAAGAUACUAAUACAAAAAUUAUUGCGAAGUUGCACCGAUAUUACUACUAUCUAUAUACUAAUACGUCCGAAAAGAGAAAAUAACAUUGAAGAUAGGCUCAACAAUAUAUUUGGAAAUGUGAUUUUUGAUCAACUCGAGGUGGAAGUGCCGAAUUUUCGAAGCAAAAUCGUACCGAUAAAGGGCGACUUUUCUGUUGAUAAAUUAGGACUUUCUGACUAUGAUGAAAAUCUUCUUAGACAAAAUGUGUCCAUUGUCUUUCACGUAGGCGCGACCGUAUGUUUGACUGAAGACAUCAAGAUUGCUACAACGAUAAACACCAGUUCUACCGAUUAUCUCUUACAUAUGGCUAAGAAUAUGAAAAAGUUGAAGGCGUUUAUUUACGUGUCGACGGUAUAUGCAAAUGGUCAUUCGAAACACAUCGGAGAAUAUUUCUAUACAUAUCCCAUUGAUUACCAAACUCUCCGUACAUUAAUGAGGGACUUAAAAUCCGAAGAAGUCAGUAAGAAAAUCGUCGAACAUUUCCCUGAGUAUAUGAAUACAUAUGUAUUUACUAAAGCCAUGGCCGAAUCAUUGAUAAGAGAUACAAGCGAAGAAUUGCCAAUUGGAGUCUUCAGACCAGCAAUAGUCACAUCGCCCGCCGAAGAGCCGCUUGUAGGUUGGACCGAUAAUUAUUUUGGCCCCGUGGGAUUAAUAACGUAUUAUUUUAAAGGAAUAACGAAAUAUUUAUGGAUUGAUUCUAAAUGCACAGCUAACUUAGUGCCUGUUGAUAAAACCAUAAAUGCUCUAAUUGUUUCUGCGUGGGACGUCUUUAAUAAAUCAAAGAGGAGAAGUGAGAAAACGUUGAUUUACAAUUACAUAUCGUCCAAUGAUGCGCCCUUGACUUGGGACAAAUAUUUGGAUGCAGCGCAAAAAUUCUCUGAAAAAUACCAGCUGAAACAUUCGAGUCGAACUAUUACAUUAAUUAAAAAUAACAUUUUAUUCAACUUCUACUCUAGGCUUGCUCACACAUUAUCUGUUGCAUUAGUCAACGGGACGAACGACAUCGAUAAACAAAGAAUACGAAGAAUAUACAAUAAAUUUUAUCAUACUAUGAAUACUAUUGGAUAUUGGGGAAUCAAUGAGUGGACUUACACUAACGACAAUGUUCAUGCAAUGUGGUAUAAUUUGGACAAAAGGGAUAAGCGUCUAUUUAAUUUUGAUAUGCAAGGAUUCAAUUGGCCGAACUAUUUGGAUGGACAUUUUAAGGGCAUAUUCACAUAUCUAUUUAAAGAAGAUUUGAAUAUUUUGGAAGUCAAAAAUCGUGCAAAAAUAUAGGAAAAGAGGCAGUUUCAUCUCAACAACAUAACAAUAUUGAGCUUAUUCUCAUUAAUCAUUUUGUUCAUUUGGCUAAUAGUGAUGCCUAUAGUUAUAUGAAUAUAAUAUUGACAUAUGUGUAGCUGUAAUAUUAACAUUUGUUAUUAAUAUCACAUAUGUGCGGUAAUGGUAAUAUUUCUUUCUAUAUCUCUAUAAACAACCUAAGUCUGAUUUUUAGACUUACAUAAUUACAUAAAAAUAAAUAAGAUAAAUAAGACCUAUAGAGAGAAUUUCCCAAAUAAACCAUGGUAGCAAAUCAUGUCAAUUCUAAUAUACUUACGUAAGUAUUUUGAAAUAUUUAAGUAUUUCGA